GACCGCAUUGUGCUGACACACAAUAAGCAGCGGUGAUGGGGGGGACAUGACCGCGUCUGUUCUCACCAUGACUCGGAAUCGGAUAAAUAGGUUGGUAGUUAUCGAUAUCAUCCAUUCUUCCCUCUCACUUGUUUUUUUACCAUCUACGUUUCAAACUACUGAUUUUAUUUCAGUUCAGACUGACCAUCUGCAUCGAUGUACAGUGCACUGAUAUCAGGCUGCGUUCAUAACCAACAAACAUUCGCAGGCCUUAUCAUUCGAUUCGCCUAGCAACACAAUCAUGGUCUCUCCGAUUCUAGCCAGCAAUGGUCAGCCGCACAGCCUGAGGGAGACAAGCACACAUACCUCUCCGAACCAUUUCAACGCACUCACAACUGCGUGCAUCCUUUUCGAAGAUAUACAGACUCUCGAGCGACUUCGUGACGAGAUACAACAUCGUGUGGAAGCUAAAAGACAGAAGCUGCACUUUCUGGAGGCAUCCACUCCGAAUCGGAGGCUUCGAGAUGCUUUAUCGGAGUCCAUCAUCAUACAGCAACAGAUCCACGCCACUCCCACUUUCACAUGUAGCAGUCAUUCCCCGUCACCUCGCCUUCGUGGCUUAUACGACGUUCAUGGUCCCGGAUGUGCCAACCAGGACUCUCUACAGACUCCAGCUGACUUCUCCUCGCUGAGUCUCGUCGAUCUUUCAAUCUACGGCGACGAUCAUGAAAUCGUUUUCGAAGACGACGACGAAGCUUUGUUGUGUCCGUCUGCCAACGAAGCUGUCGGGGAUUAUGUGGGAAGCGGAGAUGGCUUUAAAGAAUACUGUGACCAGCUCGACGGCCUCACCUCACCUUUCCACCUGGUUCAUUCCUCGUCUGGGAUCAUCUUCAAAGCCCAAGGUUGUCCACUAGUCCCGAUUCCACUAACAAGAUACUGAUUAUGUUUGCUAGAACCUGAUCGGGAUUCCCCACCGAUAAGGCAAAAAUCGCACAGGUACCGAUCCAUCGCUCAUGGCAAGAAGUCCUUAUCAGAUGUGAAGGGCAAAGGGGUCGUUCGCCGCGGAUCUUCUAAACGCAGCAACAUCGGCCAAUCCAGGGCAAAGAGGGCUUUGCGCAAGAUUUUACACCAUAAGAAACUAGGCGUGGGCGCCAUCAAAUUUCAUGCGUAGGUGCUCAGUCAUG